GAGGAAAGUGUGGUCCACAGUAAGUUUGGCUCCGUAAGUUCCUACAAGACAUUCUCUGUGUACACAUGUAAGAAGUGCUUGCAAGUGAAGAUUGUGAUAACAUUUAUCAGUUCGGACCCUUUAUCAAGGACGCAAACAGAAAUUGUUUUUUAGGAUUGUGGUGGACAUUUACAACCCCCCGAUACAUUCCAUUUUGGACAUCACACCCAUCUUAAGCUUUGGACCUAAAGAUCACAAGACACGGUUAUCUUCAGAGCAACCUUUGUGAGGGUCCUGCCGGGAUCUCUCCUUCUUUUGUGGUCUGAUGGUAGUUUGGCCUGCUUCUUGCUGGAGAGUUUGGGCAUCAAGGCAGUAUGUUGAGGUGUUUGUUACAGAGGGCGACCAAUCUGAGAAAUGUAGAAAAAGGGGAGAGGCAUAGUGACCCACUUGCAAGCAUCACUUUCAGAGGGACUAAAAAGAAGACCAAAGUCAUCAAAAAUAAUGUCAAUCCUGUCUGGAAUGAGGGCUUUGAGUGGGACUUGAAGGGUGUUCCUUUAGAAUCCGCAGCAGAGAUUCAUGUUGUUGUCAAGGACCAUGAAAAAAUGGGCAGGAAUAGGUUUCUGGGGGAGUGUCGGGUCGCUCUUCGAGAUGUGCUCAACUCUCCCAACCUAGCUGCUACUUUCACUGUGUCCCUGGUGGACACCAAAAGGAACAGCACAGGGGCCACAGUAACCCUGCAGGUUUCCUACAUCCCUCCUCCAGGGAUGGCUCCCAUCUUCCAGCCUCCUCCACAGCCAGAGGCCCAGCACACCCCAGUGGAGCUGGACACAGUUACAGUUUUCUCACUGGACACUAUGGGCGAGGAGGACACUGAGAGCAUGCUGAUGAUGGAGGUGGUGGAGGAGCCUGAACCUGUUCCAGGGCCCCAGGGACAGGACACUGGGGCCCCUACAGCACCACCCAAAAAGGCUCCACCAAACUUUAACCAUGGCCUUAAGAAAAAGAAACGCAACAACAACAAGUCCCCCCUGUCAGACAAACCACAGGACCUCCAGGUACGGCUGCGCAUCAUUGAGGGAAGACAGCUCCCUGGUGUCAACAUUAAACCAGUUGUCAAGAUCACAGUUGGAGGACAGACAAAGAGAACACGCAUCAAGAAGGGCAAUAACCCAUUUUUUGAUGAGACUUUUUUUCUAAACUUCUUUGAGAAACCAUCAGAUCUUUUCGAUGAGCCUAUAUUUAUAACCGUAUUCGACUCCAAGUCACUACGGAAAGACUCUUUCAUUGGAGAAUUCAAGCUGGAUGUUGGCACGGUGUAUUCUGAACACCGACAUGCUAUUCUCAGGAAAUGGUUGUUGCUGGCAGACCCUGAUGAUAUUUCUGCAGGGGCUAGAGGUUAUUUAAAGGUCAGCAUGUUUGUGCUGUCUGCAGGUGAUGAACCUCCGAUGGAUAAGAAAGAGAGCCUGGAAGAAAAGGAGGAUAUAGAGAGCAACCUGUUGAGACCAGCUGGUCUUACCCUGACAGGAGCCACGUUUACCCUCAAAGUGUACAGGGCAGAAGACCUGCCUCAGAUGGAUGAAACUCUUAUGGAUAGUUUCAAACAGAUAUUUGGUUUUGAAACUAAUCAAAAGAACCUGGUGGAUCCAUUCGUGGAGGUCAACUUUGCAGGAAAAACGAUCAGUAGCAAGAUUCUGGAGAAAAACGCCAACCCUCAGUGGAACCAGAGCCUCACGCUACCCAUCAGGUUCCCAUCCAUGUGUGAGAAGAUGAGGUUACGGAUUUUAGAUUGGGAUCGUGCUAGCCACAAUGAUGUUAUUGGCACUACACACUUAUGUAUUUCCAAAAUCUCAGCCCCUGGAGGAGAAAUUGAAGUGGAUGACAAUAUAGGCUUUCUUCCGACCUUUGGCCCUUGCUACAUCAACAUGUAUGGGAGCCCCCGAGAAUUCACAGCCUUCUCAGACCCACAUGAGGCACUAAACAUUGGAAAGGGAGAGGGUGUGGCCUAUCGUGGACGUGUGCUGUUGGAGGUCAUCACAAAGCUGUCUCAUCAGGUGGAGCAAAAGGUUGAGGACAUACACCCUGAUGACCUGCUGGUGGUAGAGAAAUUCAUGCGGAAGAGGAAGUACUCCCUGUUUGCUGCAUUCUACUCAGCCACGCUUCUUCAAGAUGUGGAUGAUGCAGUUCAGUUUGAAGUCAGUAUUGGCAACUACGGCAACAAGUUUGACAACACCUGUCUGCCCUUGGCCUCCACCACUCAGUUCAGCAGGGCCGUGUUUGAUGGCUGCCAUUACUACUACCUGCCAUGGGGAAAUGUGAAACCUGUGGUGGUCUUGUCUUCAGAGUGGGAGGAUAUCACUCUUCGCAUAGAGGCCCUAAACAUGCUGCUCAGCAUAGUCGACCGAUUGGAGUCAAACCUUGAGCAGGUACAGUUGAUGCUCAAAGCAAGUAGCGAUGAACAGGAAGUGGAGCAGAAGGUUAUCCAGCUGCUUGAUGAUGUCAUAGCCGACUGCAGUGAGGAGCUUCCUGAGUUGGAUAAAUGGCCUUGUGUGACUGCGCUGGAUAAAGCUCUGAGGAAUCUGCGCAAGUUUAACAUGCAGCAGAUAGUGCAGGCGGCUCUGGCGCUCAAACACGGACCAGAGACCGAACUGAGUGCAGUGUUGGAGCAGGUGGAGGACUGGAUCCAGAGACUCCGCCACCUUUCUGAGGAGCCCCAGAACAGUCUGCCAGAUAUAAUAAUCUGGAUGCUUCAGGGAGACAGACGAGUGGCCUACCACAGAAUCCCUGCUCAUCAAGUUCUCUUUUCCCAUGGUUAUUGCGGAAAGCAUUGUGGCCAACUUCAGACGGUUUUCAUGAAGAAUCCACAGGAAGAUGGGGGAUAUAGUAAGAUCCCAGCUCAGCUCGGGGUCAAGGUGUGGUUCGGACUGACUGCUGAUGUCAAAUCCUUUAACCAGUUUGCAGAGGGCAAACUCUCUGUGUUUGCAGAAACGUAUGAAAACCAGACUAAAUUGGCUCUGGUGGGGAACUGGGGUACGACGGGUUUGACAUACCCCAAGUUCAGUGACGUGACUGGCAGAAUCAAACUCCCAAAAGAGUGCUUCAAACCCCCUCCAGGAUGGAGCUGGACAGGAGACUGGUACGUCAGCCCAGAGAAAACAUUGCUGUAUGAUGCUGAUGCAGGUCACAUAAGCUUUUUGGAAGAGGUGUUUGAAAAUCAAAUGCGUUUGCCAGGAGGACAGUGGAUUGGCAUGUCGGAAGGGUACACAGAUGUGAAUGGAGAAAAGGCCAUUCCUAAAGAUGAGAUCGAGUGUCCGCCCGGUUGGGUGUGGGAGGAUAUUGAGUGGAGUGAGGAUCUGAAGCGUGCAGUGGAUGAUCAAGGGUGGGAAUAUGGAGUAACCCUCCCCCCAGACCGCCGACCAAAGUCCUGGGUUCCAUCUGAGAAGAUGUACCACACCAACCGCCGGAGACGUUGGAUCAGACUCCGUCGUAGAGAUAUGCAGAAAAUGGAGGCACUCAGAAAACAGCGUCCGGACGAGUCGGAGCGCGAGGGCUGGGAAUAUGCCUCUUUAUUUGGCUGGAAGUUUCACCUUAAGCAGAAGAAGACUGACUCCUUCCGUCGCCGGCGCUGGAGAUGCCGUAUGGAGCCGUUAGAAAAGACAGGGCCGGCGGCCAUCUUUUCCUUGGAGUGUUCGCUGAGCAGUGUUCCUGAUGAAAAGAAUGACGAUAAAUCAGUUACAACAUCCUUUGGUGUUAACCGCCCGACCAUCUCCUGCUUCUUUGAUAAUGGGACUCUGUACCAUUUGCGAUGUUACUUGUAUCAGGCCAGAGACCUGCUGGCACUGGAUAAGGACAGUUUCUCAGAUUCCUAUGCCAUUGUGUCCUUCCUGCAUCAGAGCCAGAAGACAGUGACUGUUCGGAACACACUCAAUCCCACCUGGGACCAGACCCUCAUCUUUUAUGAAGUGGAAAUAUUUGGAGACCAUCUCGAGGCUGAGAGGAACCCUCCACACAUUGUGGUGGAACUGUAUGAUCAGGACACCUAUGGUGCAGAUGAGUUUAUGGGCCGCUGUGUUUGCCAAUCUUCAAUGGUGUCUUCCCCUCGCCUCGCCUGGUAUCCCAUCCAGAAAGCUGGGAAGCCUGCUGGGGAACUGCUGGCUGCUUUCGAACUGAUCCGCAGAGAUAAACCUGCAGUUCAUCACAUCCCUGGUCAAGAGGGGGAUAUUAUACCACCCUCACAUAUCAUGGAUGAGCUUGUGAUUCCAGGGUUCCUCUCUGACAGUCAACAGCAAUGGCCAGAGGCCUCUGAUUUGCCUUAUCCACCUCCACAGAGGGAACCUAAUGUCUACAUGGUGCCACAGGGCAUAAAACCUGUCCUACAACGCACUGCUAUUGAGAUACUGGUGUGGGGUUUGCGUAACCUGAAGAGUUUCCAGUUGGCCAGUGUGACAUCUCCCAGUCUUCAGGUGGAAUGUGGAGGAUGUGUGGUUCAGUCAUGCGUCAUUCGAAAUACUAAGAAAAACCUCAACUUUGAUGUCAACACCCUGUUUAUUGAUGUCCGACUGCCCAAGGAAGAGCUCUACAUGCCCCCAUUGGUGAUCAAGGUUAUAGACAACCGUCAGUUUGGCAGAAAGCCUGUAGUGGGCCAUUGCACUGUCCACUCGCUGAAUGAGUUCCGCUGUCAGCCAGAGAGCCUGGACAGAGACUCUACAGAAGAAGAAUUUGAGGCAAUUGCUCACACCCCUAGAGAUGACUUCCUGGUUGAUAUUGAUGAUAAGGAGCCGCUCAUUCCUGGACAGCAGGAUGAAUUUAUGGACUGGUGGAGCAAGUUUUAUGCCUCCACGGGUGAGAGAAACAAGUGUGGCAGUUAUCUAGAGAAGGGCUUCGAUACUCUGCAGGUGUAUGACAGGGAACUGGAGAAGGUUGAAGGCUUUGAGCAGUUGGCUGAUUUCUGUCAAACAUUUAAACUUCACCGUGGAAGAGUCCAGAACGAGAGUGAAGACCCUUCUGUUGUUGGAGAGUUCAAGGGCUCAUUUAAGAUCUAUCCAUUUCCUGACGAUCCCUCGAUGCCCGUACCCCCACGCCAGUUCCGCAAACUUCCCCCGAACGGUAUAGAGGAGUGUCUGGUACGUGUCUACAUCAUCCAGGCCUAUGACUUACAGCCCAAAGAUGCCAAUGGCAAGUGUGACCCCUAUGUUAAGAUCACACUUGGCAAGAAAUCAGUCGAUGACCAUGACAAUUACAUACCCUGUACUUUGGACCCUGUUUUUGGAAAGAUGUUUGAGCUGACAUGCUCUCUGCCCCUCGAGAAGGACCUAAAGAUCAUGCUGUAUGAUUAUGACAUGGUCACUAAAGAUGAGAAAAUUGGAGAGACCGUCAUUGAUGUGGAGGAUCGCUUCUUGUCAUGUCAUGGUGCUCUCUGUGGCCUGCCACAGUCCUACUGUUUGUCUGGAGUUAACCAGUGGCGAGAUCAGCUGAAACCAUCCCAGUUACUUCAUCGUCUGUGCGAGAGGCAAAAUUACAAACUGCCGGUCUACAAGCAGGAUCGAAUCUACUUCAGAGGACAGGAGUACACAGUUGCAGACCUUGACGAAGGAAAACCUCUGAACACUUACCUGGGACCAGUGAUGGAGCGUCUAGCUCUGUUGGUGUUGAGGAGGCAGUGUCUGGUGCCUGAACAUGUAGAGACGCGACCCCUCUACAACCCUCUGCAGCCAGAUAUAGAACAGGGGCGGUUGCAGAUGUGGGUGGACAUUUUCCCGAAAUCUUUAGGCCCUCCAGGACCUCCAUUCAACAUCACGCCACGCAAAGCUAAAAAGUUCGUCCUGCGCUGUAUUAUAUGGAACACAAGAGAUGUAAUCUUGGAUGAUGCCAGUGUUACUGGGGAGAAGAUGAGUGACAUUUAUGUGAAAGGCUGGAUGCACGGCCAUGAAGAAAACAAGCAAAAAACAGACGUGCACUAUCGAUCACUGGGUGGUGAGGGCAACUUUAACUGGCGGUUCCUCUUCCCCUUCCACUAUCUACCUGCAGAACAGCUUUGCACCAUUGAUAAGAAGGAGCAUUUUUGGAGUCUGGAUAAAGUUGAAACAAAAUUUCCUCCUAAACUUACUAUCCAGAUCUGGGACAAUGACAAGUUCUCCUUUGAUGAUUUCCUUGGCUCUUUGGAAAUGGAUCUGAACCAUAUGCUGAGUCCAGCAAAGUCUCCAGAGAAGUGUGGUCUUGAGAUGCUCUCUCAGUCCCAGGACAAACUGGUGUCUUUGUUUGAGCAGAAGGCAGUAAAAGGCUGGUGGCCUUGCGUGUGUGACAAAGAAAAUGAAAAGAUACUUGCAGGAAAGUUGGAAAUGUCACUGGAGAUCAUCUCUGAGCAGGAGCAAGAUGAGAGGCCUGCAGGACUCGGCAGAGAUGAGCCCAACAUGAAUCCCCAUCUAGAUGAGCCACAGCGUCCUGAGACCUCAUUCUUAUGGUUCUCAUCCCCAUAUAAGACGUUUAAGUUCAUUGUGUGGAGAAGGUUUAAGUGGCUUAUUCUGGGCUUCUUUGUACUCUUUUUCAUUAUUCUCUUCCUUGGAGUCUUCCUCUAUUCCUUCCCUAACUAUGCUGCUAUGAAGAUGGUUGGACCCUUCAGUGGAGUGAGAAAAGGAACACAAUGAGACUGAGUGAUUAAAAAAGGACAUAAACCCUCACAUCCAUCACCAACCACACCACAACUCCAUCCACACAUCUCUGUCCAUCCUACUGGAGACAUCUUUGCCGCUUGUGCACAUAUCCUUGUGUCUUACGAGCCAAGAGAAAACUGAAGACAGGCUGCGAGAAUUUGAAGUCAUUAUGUGUGCUUUAGCCUGUUCUAGUCCUAUAUGCAUGAAAGUUGCAUAACGUCUGUGUGUGUUUAUACAUGUAUUACACACCAAGCUCCCUGCCCCGUAUCUGCCCCAGUCCUGAACUCUCUCAGUAUUCUCUUUAAGUCCCACUAGCACUUUCAUCUCUCUGCCUGUUUAAUCCUUUUUCAUGUCUCCUGUAAAACUGGGUUCUUUCUUCACAGCCAGAUGGCUCUUUCUUCUUCCUUCAUGCAGAGAGAGGGAGUCAGAGCUGAAUCCCAACCCCUUCCAUCCAUUCAUUCCUCUCCUUUCAACAGCGCUGACUCUUUAGGUUAAACCCUGAUUUGUACCGUUAGUCUGUAAGAUCCGAGACAGGCCGGUUAUUAGCUGAGCCCCUGCUGUCAGCAAGCCCACCUCUCUAAUUACUAUCACACUUUGUUAUUUUGCUUUAGCGGAAUCCCCUUUAAAUGGAUUCGGGGUCAACUGUGGGUUGGCAACAUGUGUGUGAAUGUAUGUAUGUGUGUGUGUCUGGAAUGUGGGCUGUGAAUGAGAACGAGAGAUAAAAGACUUGUUUAUUUGUGUAAAUGUUACACUCAUGUAAAGCAUGAACAUGAACAGGCACAUCUGGAAGAAUUUUCCAGACUGCUAAACAUGCCUGUGAAAGAGCUGUUACUUGAUGAAAUACACAAAUUACUUUGUUUUCUUUCCAUGACCAGGUCAUGAGCUCCUCUUUUACCUAGCGAGUAUAAACUAUUGUGGAGUCACAUUUCGUGAAACUGGAUUGUCAAAACUUGGAGUGACUGUUGUGUUAACUCUGCAUGCUCACAUUACAUUUAUCUGAUGGAGCUCCUCUAUGAACAGAAAAUGUCAAGAGAUCUGGGUUAAUCUGACAUAAUCUGCAGGAUGUCCAAAAGUGUUUACAUUUUAUUUUAAAAAAUGAGGGCAAAAGUAGUGAAGAAGGGAUUUGAUGUUUCCAUCAAGUAACUGAUUUGACAGUAAAAAGGAUGCAUUCCUAUCUCUUUUACAGAAAGAAAUAUGAGCAAUUUUUUCAUUGUAGCUAUUUUCUGCACAUCUGUGCGCGGAUCUACAAUAUCACUGAUUUAUGAAAGGAAAGUGAAUGUGAAAACAUUAACCAAAAAAGCUUUGCCUAGGCAUUCUCUUGAUAAAUAUUGUACAGUAUAUAGCUGAAUAACUGGAUUUAUGCAAAACACAAAUCCCCAUGCUGAGCAUCUAUGAAUAGUUGUCAUUCGCCAUAAGUUUUUUAAUUUGACAAUCAAAAUGGCUAUUUCUCUUAUUGACCUUCUGAAAGGUUCUUUGCAGUCUUUACUGUAAUGAUGCACAUCGUCUAAUUGCUUUAAAGCUUCUGCUGUCAGUUCUAAUGUAUUUGUAUCUCACUGUAAUAUGCUUUCGUCAAAUAAAUACCUCUAUAUACACA